CUACAAACCAUGGGGUGCACUCAAUCCAAGACAAACGAGCAGGAGGUGACCGAUCCUAAGGUCGCUCAGGCCGAGGAGGACGUCAAAUCUGCACUGGUCGAAGUGCCUGAGACUGUUGGGACCGAGGCUGCGAAUAUUGGGGUGCCGACCGUGAAGGUGAAGACUCCUGACUUCGAAACGCGGUUUGUCUCGGGUGAGGUCAGUAUCAACGAGUACGGCGUUGCCUUCUACAACUUUGACGGGUCCAACCCUGCAGACCCCAGCCGGGAGAUCCACUUGUGUAAACGCUACUCGGAGUUCAAGGACAUGCAUGAGGAGAUCUCGAAGCUUAUGGCCAGUGAGAAGAACGUGAGACCUGAGGACCAGGACAAGUUCCAAACCUACCCGGCACUUCCGUCCAUGCCCCGGGCAAAUGUUGUUACGUAUUUGCUCGGACGUGGUAAUCAAAAGGUAGUCAACGAGCGCGAGGCCCAGUUCGUCAAGAUCCUGAAUGCAAUAGCAGCUCACCCGAUCGCCUUCCAAAGCACGACGUUCGCAGAAUUCAUGGCUUAGAUAAAGAGUCCU